AUGGUUUCCACAGGCAGAGGAGGAUCCGGGAACAUUGUCAGUCCCGAAGAGGUCCGCGAGGAAAGACCAGAAGUUCCCCAUGAGCACAAGAGCGAUAAGAGAAUCUAUUACUCCACUGGAAGGGGCGGGUCGGGAAACAUCAAGUCCAGCAGCGAAAUGCCGUCGCCCAAGCUUGUGCCGCAGGGAACCAACACCCCGAAAUUGACCACCAGCAAGGUCACCACGGGCAGGGGGGGCUACGGGAACAUGGUCGACAACGAUGACCCCAACCUCACCCGCAAGCUCCAGGACGUGGACGGCAACAAGGCCGAAAACGAGUUGCUUGCCGUGGCCUCCAACAAGUCGUUUGCGAUCGGCAGGGGCGGCUUUGGAAAUGUGGUCUCCAAGACCCGCUCCAACGGCAGCAGUGCCGGCUCGAACCCCAACAACUUGUACACCGUGGUGAGCCAGGGCGAAAAGACGAGCCAGAAGAAGGGCAACUUCAUGCUGAAGGUCAAGAACCUUUUCAGUUGA